CUGGUGUGCAGCAGAAAAGCGUAGUGGUGCAGUGGAGUUCAUUCACCACAGAGAUCAGAGCUAUUCAACACACCUUCAGAUAGGCUCCAUUUGUAUUUGGACCUGUAUCCCAGCCCUACAACUUCAGAACUAUGGAUUUGACCUCUGGAGUAGAGAAGAUGUGGUCAGCGGCUGUAGUAGGGAAGGGUGCAACGUGUCUGUCAUGUAAAGGGAUCUGUUCUGGAUUCCUCCCCCAUUCCUGGAGAAAAGCCUGUACCCAGUGUGGCUGCGGUGUGGAAGACCACGGUCACCGUUCAGACCUGGAGGACGAUCACAAGAUGGGUCGUCUCCUCUCCAACUCCAAAUAUGUCCACCUGACAGCCAAGGUGAAGGGCAUCCGAGUGUACAAACGUAACCGUAUGGUCAUCACCAACCCUGUGGUGUCCAGGAAGGACCCCACCUUCAACACCAUCACCUACGACUGGGCACCGCCAGGACUCACACAGAAACUGGCCAUGCUGUAUAUGGAGUUGCUCCCAGAAGAAAAGCGUCCUGUAGCAGGGACUGAGGGAGCAAUGUACCGGCGCAGGCAGCUGAUGAGACAGCUGCCUGUCUACGAUCAGGACCCCUCCCAGUGCCACGGGCCACUACCAGAGGAUCAGUUGCAGGCCAUGUCUGUCUUCAUGAAGCGCUACAAAGAGGAGGCUCUAGGAGUAGGGGAGGUGGCGCUGCCUGGGGAGGGAGGCGCUAACCCUCCGCCCGUCGUCAAAGGACAGAAGCAGAAGGACAGAACUGGGAAUGGGCAGGUCACCAAUGUCCAGCCAGGCCCUGUUGAUACUCCUACCACCAAUGUCCAGCCAGGCCCUGUUGAUACUCCUACCACCAAUGUCCAGCCAGACCCUGUUGAUACUCCUACCACCAAUGUCCAGCCAGACCCUGUUGAUACUCCUACCACCAAUGGGACUGACUGCUGUAAAAGUGAAUAUCAUUGCAGUGGUUGCGGGGAGCUCGCCCCCCUGGACAGUCCUGUGGUGUAUGCAGAGUGGGCGGGCUACGACAAGCAGUGGCACCCGACCUGCUUCGUGUGUUCAGAGUGUGGAGAGGCUCUGGUGGAUCUAGUGUACUACUGGAGGGAGGGAGAGCUGCUCUGUGGAAGACACUACUGCCAGAGGACCAGGCCACGCUGUUCGGGAUGUGAUGAGCUGAUCUUCUGUGAGGACUACAAGAAGGGGGCAGAUGGCCGGGCGUGGCACCAGGACCACUACUGCUGCUGGCGGUGUGGACAGAGUCUGGACAGCCCCUGUUCCUGUCCCCAAACACCAAGCCCCAAGCCUGUUUAGGCCCUCCACCACCCAGCCGUAACCAAGACCGCUUCUGACAGUUCCUGUACCCAAACACCAAGACCAGUUUGACAGGCCCAUGCUCUUUACACCAAACACCAAGACCAGUUUGACAGGCCCAUGCUCUUUACACCAAACACCAAGACCAGUUUGACAGGCCCAUGCUCUUUACACCAAACACCAAGACCAGUUUGACAGGCCCAUGCUCUUUACACCAAGACCAGUUUGACAGGCCCAUGCUCUUUACACCAAGACCAGUUUGACAGGCCCAUGCUCUUUACACCAAGACCAGUUUGACAGGCCCAUGCUUUACCCAUCCACCAGCAAACCCAUUACACCAAGGCUGGCCAUCUUCUAGAGAUAAAAUCACAUAAUAUGUAUAUGAUAAUGAUGUCACUGAGCUAACCCUUCUCUCAGGGACCUACACUACCCCUGCAGGAUUUCCAUUAUUUUCCUUUUAAACCUUUAAUAAAGUACUCAGUGAUUGGUUGUGAA